GUAACGCUCGCCGUUUCCGGUUCCUCUCUCUCUUCUGGAGUUUCCAGUUUUUCGAAAACCUCUUCGUCUUCUCCGGAAAUGACGACGCCGACGCCGGCGCCGUCUCUGUCUCCGUCUCAGCCCACCACUUGCGGCUCUCUCCUCCACGAAUUGCAGAUGAUAUGGGAUGAAAUUGGGGAAAGUGAUGAUGAAAGAGACAAGAUGCUUCUACAACUAGAGCAAGAAUGCCUCUAUGUUUACAGGAGAAAGGUUGAAAUGACCAGAAAGCACAAGGCUGAUUUGCAGCAAUUCCUGGCUGAAUCUGAAGCAGAAAUAGCUAACCUUGUUUCUGCCCUUGGGGAACAUUCUUGCUUCUCACGGGCAAAGGGCACCAUAAAUCAGCAAUUAUCUGCUCUGAAACCUGUUUUGGAGGACUUAAGGUUGAAAAAGGAAAAGAGGAUUAAGGAAUUUCAUGAGACCCAAUCACAGAUUAAUCAGAUCCGUUCAGAAAUAGCAGGUAACAUUCUUUCUAAUAAAGGUGCUGAAACACAAGUUAAUGAAUCUGAUUUGACAGUGAGGAAAUUGGGGGAGCUCAAGUCAUACUUACAGGAACUUCAGAAUGAGAAGGUUCUCCGGUUAAAGAAAGUUAAUAGCCAUAUAAAUACCAUUCAUUCUCUGUCACUUGUGAUGUCAAUUGAUUUCUUGAAGACAGUGGGCGAUGUUCAUCCUAGCCUGAUUGAUCCUGGUCAAUCGAAAAGUAUCAGCAAUGAUACUCUUGCUAGGUUAACAGGUGUAAGUAAUUCACUAAUACAAGAUAAACAACAAAGGUUGCACAAGCUUAAAGGUUUUGCAAGCACGUUGAUAAAGCUGUGGGAUCUCUUGGACAUGCCUAUUGAUGAGAAAAAGAGAUUUGAGCAUGUUACUAGCUUUCUUACUUCCUCAAUUGAUGAGGUCUCUAGGCAAGGAUCCCUUGGUCUAGAUGUCGUUGAGCAGACUGAGGUUGAAGUUGAGAGACUGAAUGUACUGAAAGCAAGCAAGAUGAAAGAGUUGGUCUUCAAGCGGCAACAUGAGCUUGAAGAAAUCUACAAAGCGGUUCAUAUGGAUGUAGAUAGUGAUGCAGCACGACAAAUACUUAUUAGCCUCAUAGAAUCUGGUAAUGUUGAUCUCUCUGAUCUACUAUCAAGCAUGGACGAUCAGAUUGCAAAAGCCAAACAAGAUGCUUUGAGCAGAAAGGAUAUUUUGGAAAAGGUAGAGAAAUGGAAACAUGCAUCUGAGGAGGAAAAGUGGCUUGAUGAGUAUGAAAAGGAUGAAAAUAGGUAUAGCGCGGGAAGAGGGGCCCACAAAAAUCUGAAACGUGCAGAGAAAGCCCGGAUUUUGGUCAGCAAAAUACCAUGUAUGGUUGAAAAUUUGACUACAAAAGUAAAAGCAUGGGAGAUGGAGAAAGGAUUCCCCUUUUUAUAUGAAAAGGCUUCUCUCUUGCCUAAGUUGGAGGAAUAUACUAUGCUACGCCAGGAGAGAGAGGAGGAGAAGCGUAGAGCUCGAGAGCAAAAAAAAUUACAGGAACAGCUUGCAGUAGAACAAGAGGCGCUCUUCGGCUCAAGGCCAACAACGAAGAAACCACUGGGUCAGAGCACAAAUACCAACAGCACAGUUGGAACCCCAAUUGGUCGCCGUGUUAUGACUCCCUCAGGUCGGACUGGGUUCUCUGGCACAAAGGAACAUAGGGAAAGUAGCCGGGUUAAUAAUGUAAUACCCUUAAACUAUGUUGCUCUUCAAAAGGAUGAUUCUGGUCGGUAGAGGGUGGAGACAGCCCCAUCUCAUGUUUAGGACCUAUGUGUAAAUUUCGCCAUUCUAUUUCAUUGCGAUAUUAUUUUACAUGAAAUCAACGAGCAUCAUUGCA